AAAAAAAAAAAAAAGGAAUAAUGAAAACAUAUAACGGAAUAUAAUACUUGUCAUUCUUGUUACGGACCUGGUUAACCGGUGGCCUGCCACGCGACUAAAUAGAAGAAGCACGCAUAUCAAAGUAUAUAGAGAAAUUCGUGACUUCGGUGUUUCUCUCGUUGAAAAUUCGAGUCGCGUGCAACUGGAACGUCAUAGGAUCGACAUAAGAACCGAACAAUACAGCAGCACAUAAUUUAUUAAGAGAAGAAAUCUAUAAAGAUCGUUCGUAUUUUGCGACGCAUCGAGUCGCGUCAUCGUCGUGUGUGACGAAAUAUGGGCGAGGACUAUAGAAAAAUGUCUAGUGUAGUGCCGGGAGAGAACGGAGAGUGCGUUCAAGCAAUUUGAAAACAUCUGCUCGUUCCAUAUCACGUUUCUUUCGACCUGCAAUUUUUUAAUAACCUUUAUGCAUUCCGCAAGGCCUUCUUACAUUAUUUCAAUGCAACUUGUGCGUUCUGGAAACAAGGUUAAAUUUAUCAUUCGUGCUUAAUAUAACGAAACUUUUCACGUUUCUUUUCAUUCGCAUUCUUUUCGUCUUCGUAUAUAAACAGAUAUAAACGUUUUAACAUAUAAAAAAAAAAAAAAAAAAAGAAAGAAAAAGAAAAAAAAAGGAAAAAAAAAAAAAGAAAAACGUAAGUGUGUCUUCGCGAGUUCUAAUAAGAUCAAAAAGUGAUAACAAAAACCAACACGAUACAACAAUGGAUUACUAUGGAUGUAACAGAAACGUGCUCGAUGACGUUUUUGUUAAAACGGCUGUCGAAGUGAAGAGGAUAUUACCAUCUUUGUUCAAUAUCAAAGUGCUCGGAGAAAAAGGUUCAGGUAUCAGAGCACGCGGUGAAAUUCAAGAUUUUAACGCGUUAAGAUUGGAAUGUCUUCAAACCGGACGACUCUUUGAGGAUCCAGAAUUUCUAGCGGCUGAUUCAUCUCUAUACUUUUCUAAAAGGCCGGAUAGAUACAUAGAAUGGAGGAGACCGAUGGAAAUCGCGGAUGACCCGCAACUUUUUGUCGAAGGUUUCUCAAGAUUCGACGUUCAACAAGGAGAACUAGGCGAUUGUUGGUUACUCGCAGCAGUUGCAAAUCUUACGAUGGAUUCAAAUUUGUUCUUCCAAGUUGUUCCAGAAGACCAAAGCUUUCAAGAAAAUUACGCUGGAAUUUUUCACUUCAGAUUUUGGCAAUAUGGUAGAUGGGUGGAUGUUGUCAUCGAUGAUCGUCUACCUACUUAUAAUGGUGAAUUGAUAUACAUGCACUCCGCCGAAAGCAAUGAAUUUUGGAGCGCUCUUUUAGAGAAAGCUUAUGCUAAACUUCAUGGAUCCUACGAAGCUUUGAAAGGGGGUACAACGUGCGAAGCGAUGGAAGAUUUUACAGGUGGUGUUACCGAGAUGUAUCAGAUGGAGGAAGCUCCACCGAACUUAUUUAGUGUUCUUUUAAAGGCAUUCGAAAGAAAUUCUCUUAUGGGUUGUUCCAUCGAGCCUGAUCCAAACGUAUUAGAAGCAGAGACGCCUCAAGGACUAAUCAGAGGUCAUGCCUACAGUAUUACUCGUGUUAAGCAUGUAGAAAUUCAGACGCCAAAUCAAUAUGGUAGAAUACCGUUGCUCAGAUUACGAAAUCCAUGGGGUAAUGAAGCAGAAUGGAACGGUCCCUGGAGCGAUAAGUCACCGGAAUGGAGAUUUAUUCCUGAUCACGAAAAAGAUGAAUUAGGAUUAACUUUCGACAUAGAUGGCGAAUUUUGGAUGUCCUUCCAGGAUUUUACACGAUACUUUACACAACUUGAGAUUUGUAACUUGAAUCCAGAUUCCUUGACAGAAGGUGAUAUCAAUGCCGGAAAGAAACGAUGGGAAAUGAGCGUUUUUGAAGGAGAGUGGGUACGUGGAGUUACAGCCGGCGGUUGCAGAAAUUAUUUAGAAACAUUUUGGCACAAUCCUCAAUAUCGAAUAACACUGGAGUAUCCUGAUGAGGAUGAUGAUAAAUGUACGGUUAUAGUUGCUCUAAUGCAAAAAAAUAGACGAGCUCAACGACGAAUGGGUGCAGAUUGUCUUACUAUUGGAUUUGCUGUAUACUAUUUGGAACAUCCUGAAAGAUUACCAAAACCAUUGGAUAUGAAUUUCUUCAAGUAUAAUGCAUCCGUAGCACGAUCACCAGCUUUCAUUAAUUUGCGUGAAGUUACAUGCCGAUUCAAAUUACCACCUGGAGUUUAUUGUAUAGUUCCGAGCACUUUCGAUCCUAACGAAGAAGGUGAAUUUUUACUGAGGAUAUUCUCAGAGAAUAAGAAUAAUAUGGAAGAAAAUGAUGAUGAAGUCGGAGUUGGCGAAGUUGACGAUAGGGUGAUUAAUCCCAAAGGCACUAACAUUGAAGCGGAUGAUGAAAAAGUCCGCGAAGAACCUGAACCUGAUCGAAAUAUCGAAAAAGUACGAGAAUUCUUUAAAAAGCUCGCUGGUGAUGAUAUGGAAGUGGAUUGGAUGGAACUCAAAGAAAUCUUGGAUUUUGCAAUGAGGAAAGAGUUACCACAGUCGACGCGUCGUAGCGAGGCACAUGAACCUGAAUCAGUGCAAGGAAAUGGUUCUUUUAUCGACACUGUCAUCUCACUGCUGUGCGGCAUUGUUUGUAAUAAUGAACAAUACAAUAAAUCUGUAGAUACGCAAGAUAGAGGAUUUACUAAGGAUGUAUGUCGGAGUAUGGUAGCUAUGUUAGAUGUAGAUCAUUCUGGAAAGCUUGGAUUUGAAGAAUUCAGAACCUUGUGGAAUGACAUUAGAAAAUGGAGGGCUGUUUUCAAACUAUAUGAUAAAGAUGAGUCUGGAUAUUUAAAUGCGUUUGAAUUACGACAAGCUUUGAAUAGUGCAGGAUACAGGCUCAAUAAUCACAUUUUAAAUAUUUUGGUACAUCGCUAUGGAACUAAGGAUGGAAAAAUAAUGUUUGAUGAUUACAUAAUGUGUGCUGUACGAUUGAAAACAAUGAUUGACAUGUUCAGAGAGAGAGAUCCUGAUCAAACUAAUUCAGCUACAUUCACGAUGGAAGAAUGGAUAGAGAAAACAUUAUAUUCUUAAAAUAUUGUGCCUUAUUAUUGCAAAUUCAUUUUUCCAGAUAUUUACGUGCCUAUUUAAGAUUUGCAGAUAAGUUAAUAAUUUAAAAUUAUUCCUCGUUGUUGUUUUUUCUCUUAUUAUAUAAAAAUAUUAAACUAAUUGGCAUAUAUAUACUUAAAUAUUAUAUUAUGAAAGUAUCAAUAUGAGCUUUAAUUGCCCAUAAAAAGUUUUAAAUAUUAAUGUUAAUACAUAUUAAAAAAUCAUUUUAAUGUAGGCAAUGCAGUUUUUCUGAUUGAGAUGCCAAUAUAAAUUUUUAAAGCUCA